GUGCUUUGAACCUUAGAAAUCUUCGCCUGAGCAGAAAUAGUAUCUACAGACCAUUGAACAUACGGAGCUAUGAUUUUCACUCUAUGCUUUUGACAUGGCUGCCUAGAUAUGCAACCAGAAGAAUCUCUUGUUAUUACUAGUAGGAGGACCUCUUGUUUGCCAGAUUUAAAUUUAGAUAAAUGCUACUUAGAAGACACUACGUGUAUGGUCAAUGCUUUUCAAAAAGCCAUUCCGAACUUCAGCAAGGGCUUACCAGAAUGGGGAAUAGAUGUCAUGGAUAUCAUGGAGUUCGAGGAACCUGUGCAAUUCCACAUGGCCGGCCUUUCGUUAAAUUUUUCAGAGGGUCGGUUGAGAGGAAUUAGGAAUAUCAUUAUAAAUUCUGUCAAAUGGGACAGAAAAAACGGUACAAUAUACCUAGAAUACCAUGCACCAACUUACUCACUAUCAGGAAAGUACAAGGCUGAUGGGCAAAUUUUGAUACUGCCUAUUAAGGGCGAUGGUGAAAUGAAAAUUAAUAUAAAAAAUAUGGGCGUAAAACUGAUGAUGUUCAUUGAUGAAUACAAGAAAAACAAUAAAACUCACGUCUCUAUCAAGAAGUACAAUUUCGAUUUCAAAGUAGAGGGAAAUGCUCGAUACAAUCUGACGAAUCUAUUCAAUGGGAAAAAAGAAUUAGCUGACGCUGCGCUGAGCUUCAUGAACGAUAACUGGGAAGUUUUGACCACGGAAUUCGGAAGACCACUGAUGGACGCUGUUGCAGUUAAAACCUUUAAGAAUGUGAACAGGUUUUUGGCGCGUGCACCUAUGGAAGACUUAUCCCUCUCGUAUCAAUAAAACGCAGUGUUAGAACGUACUAAUAAGAUAACAUUUGUCUUCUUGUUUGUCUUAUAAUGUUGUAUCAUCGGCCGUAAUUGCACCUGUAAGUUUUACUCACGUUAGUACGAGUAGCUUGCAUGAUUAACUUACGACUUUACAAAUGUAAACACUCUUGUAAGUAUCAUUUACCUUAGUUAAGUUGUCAAUUAAAUACGUAAGCUCCUUACGUGAGUAAAACUUACAGGUGUAAUCGCGGCCAGUAUAAUAAUAUAAACUACGGGAACAUACCACGAUUAUUUUGUACUGGAAUCGGGAUUUUGUUCUGGGCUCAAUCUAAAAUUUACCAAAAAGCAGUCAAAUGCUGUUUAGUCAAAUAUAACCGGCUAGGUGUCUAUCUAGUUUUAGCCAUGAAUAUAAUGAAGAUGGUAAAAGUAGCAAUCAUGUCUUACAUGAUACGUAUAACGUGAUUCAGAUUCCUACGGUUACACAUUGUACCUACUUUGUAAUAGAUAUUUUCUUUGGAGUAAAUGUAUUUUUUUCUAA